ACGAGUGUAAACGUUUCCAUAGUGGUUCCAUAGAAAACGACGUUUUAUUGCACGUUUAUUCCUAAAUUAUAGUUUUUUGAAGUGAAAAUUUAAACAAAUUAGAGAAAUAUGUCUAUUGGUGUACCUAUAAAAGUUUUACACGAGGCUGAAGGUCACAUUAUCACGUGUGAGACAAUAACCGGCGAAGUAUACCGGGGCAAACUCAUCGAGGCUGAAGACAACAUGAAUUGCCAAAUGACACAAAUCACAGUCACAUAUCGUGAUGGACGAACGGCAAACUUGGAAAAUGUCUACAUACGCGGCUCUAAAAUUCGUUUCCUCAUACUGCCCGACAUGUUGAAGAAUGCACCAAUGUUUAAAAAGCAAACUGGUAAAGGCCUGGGUGGUACGGCCGGUCGAGGGAAAGCGGCGAUAUUACGCGCGCAAGCACGAGGAAGAGGUCGUGGUGGCCCCGGUGGUGGUGGUAGAGGUGGUCCGCCAACAGGCGCUCCUGGCGGUGGUCGUGGUGCAUGGCAAGGUGGUCCAACGGGUGGACGAGGUCGUGGUGGUCUUUAAGCAAAUAGUAUUUUAAGUCUCUUAUAAAGUAAGUUUGGAUUACAAUGAAGUCAAUGAUAAAACUGAAUAUGUUCGCAUAUACGAAUGGAUACAAUAAAACACAUUCAAAGCAGAUGAAA